AACUAGAAAGAAUAAACCGUGUGUCUUUCAACCCGGAUACUGGCGGAAUUGUCCUCAGUGGGAUAGAGCACACAAACAAAACAAAAAAUUGUAGUUUGACAGCAUGGCGACCACGGCAUUGGAUUCCGAAAUCAUGAAAAGCGAUAAAUAUUCUAUUUUAUUGCCUACUUAUAAUGAAAGGGAGAAUUUGCCGAUAAUUAUAUGGCUAAUUGCCAAAUAUUUAGAUCCGACUGAAUACGAUUAUGAAGUGAUCAUUAUAGACGAUGGAAGCCCCGACGGCACGCUAGACGUAGCAAAACAGCUUCAAAAGUUAUAUGGAUCCAAUAAGAUUGUACUUCGCCCUAGGGAGAAAAAGCUCGGUUUAGGCACUGCUUACAUUCACGGAAUGAAACAUGCGACAGGCAACUUUAUAAUUAUAAUGGAUGCAGAUUUGAGUCACCAUCCAAAAUUCAUCCCCAAAUUCAUAGAGCAUCAACGACAACAUGAUUAUGAUCUAGUUUCUGGAACACGGUAUCAACGCGAUGGUGGAGUAUAUGGCUGGGAUUUUAAGAGAAAGCUCGUGUCCAGAACUGCUAAUUUCAUCACACAGAUGUUGUUGAGACCUGGUGCUUCUGAUUUGACAGGGUCGUUCAGGUUAUACAAGAAGGAUAUAUUACAAAAACUUGUUGACAGCUGUGUGUCCAAAGGAUAUGUCUUCCAGAUGGAAAUGAUUAUUAGAGCCAGGCAACUUGACUACACCAUAGGCGAAGUGCCAAUAACAUUUGUGGAUCGAGUGUAUGGGGAGUCAAAACUCGGCGGUUCAGAAAUAUUCCAAUUCGCUAAAGCAUUAUUGUACUUAUUUGCUACUACAUAAAUUCUUUGAGGGUAUUUUUGUAUCUUAACAUUCCUUGUUAUAAUAAUAUAUUAUAUGUUUUAAGCAACAAUGAAUUUAAGGUUAAUUUCAACUUAAGCCUGACCAUAUAUUGUAAGUUGAAACUAAUACUGUUACUAAUCGAAAAACUUAACUUUCGGGAAAAAACUGUAAUAUUUCUUAGUGUUCGAUCUUUGUUAUUAAUAAUUAUAACAAACUAGUGGACAUAUUUCACUUAAAAAUAAUUGAUUUU